CUGGCUGUCCUGGAGGACUAUGCAGACCCCUUUGAUGCGGCACAGGUGGCAGGCAGCCAGGCAGGGCUGGAGAAGGUGAUGGAGAAUGACGGAUAUAUGGAGCCAUAUGAAGCCCAGAAGAUGAUGGCUGAGAUCCGCCAGAAGGGCUUACGGGAGGCUCCCGCCCGGCCGCUUCACCUCUAUGACACUCCUUAUGAGCCUGUGCUGGACAUGGACAGUGACUGCCCAGCUUGCCCCAGGCCCAGGGAGUCCCGGCUGCCCGAGGAUGAUGAGCGGCCACCGGAGGAAUAUGACCAGCCCUGGGAAUGGAAGAAGGAGAGGAUCUCCAAAGCCUUUGCAGUUGAAAUCAAGGUCAUUAAAGACCUGCCAUGGCCCCCGCCGGUGGGACAGCUGGACAGCAGUGAAAGCCCCCUGGACAGGGAGGCUGGUGCCCCCAUCCCUCCGCAGCACAGCCACGAAGACGCCAAUGGUCCAUCGGAGGGGCUGGGGUACGGCCGCACCUCGCCCUGCAGGGAGGAGAAGGCCAGGGCUGUCCUCAGGCAUGGCUCCAGCAGCCUCAAGAGCACAAAGACGCUGACCGCUGAGCCUGGCCCCUUUGUCGGGGAGAGGAUUGACCCUGCCCUGCCCCUGGAGAGCCAGUGCUGGUACCACGGGGCCAUCAGCCGCACGGAUGCGGAGACGCUGCUGAGGCUGUGCAAGGAGGCCAGUUACCUGGUGCGCAACAGCGAGACCAGCAAGAACGACUUCUCCCUCUCCUUGAAGAGCAGCCAGGGCUUCAUGCACAUGAAACUGUCCCGGACACAGGAGAACAAGUACGUGCUGGGUCAACACAGCCCGCCCUUUGACAGCGUGCCGGAGAUCAUCCAUCACUACGCCAGCCGCAAGCUGCCCAUCAAGGGGGCUGAGCACAUGUCCUUGCUUUACCCGGUGGCUAUCCGUACCCUAUAGUAAUCACCCUCACGAGCCAGGCUCAAGGCUGGGUGCACCCAAAACUGGCCCAUCCACAGGGCUGAGCGCCGCCGUGCCGAGGAUGGGCUCCAGACCGUCAGCUCGCUGGGCACAGCCAGUGCUGUUGGGGAUUGCUGCAGCCAGGCCCCUCGUCCUGCUCUCCCGGGGCUCCCUUGCACUGGUUUGUGUGCUGGCAUGGCACUGGAAGGAGCCCCUGUGCAAGGAGCUGGGUGGGGCACGCCAGCUGUCCACACCUCCACACCUGCCUCCUUGGCAGAGCUUGGGAUGCCAGGACUGGAGCUGGGACCUUGGAGAGUACAGGGAGGGGGGAAGUGUGUGUGAGGACGGGGCU